GUUUCUCUUCCUCUUCCCUGUCGAUCAAACUUCCAUGGAACCCCUUGCUGAAGGUGCUUCUGCCAAUCUAAAUGUCACUUUGGACAGGUUCAGUGCUCUUCCACGCGAAGUUGCUCAUCACAUUUUGUCAUUACUUCCCAUAUCCGACAUCACUCGAGUUGGCAUGUUAUCCCAAAAAUGCAGAGCCUUUUAUCUGUCGACUCCCACAUUGAACUUCACUGAAUUCCCCUCGGAGUCCACUCGCACCUUCAACAGCCGUUUGGAGUUGAUGGCUUCCUUGGACAAGUUCUUCAUGCGUCGCCACCAUAACAAGGUACAAAGCUUUUCUCUGGAUUGGGUUUCUGAGUUCGAACUUGGGGAAACAGAUAUUGAAAGUUGCUGCUCUGUUGAAAAAUCUAGGGUUUUGGGUUGGAUUGAAAAUGCACUGACUUGCAACGUUGAAAAGCUUGAUUAUUUCUUUACAACUGUGAUGCCAACCCUAGACGAUAUUAUUAGCGAGACCCAGAUAGAUUUUCCUUCAUCUGUGUUUGUUUCUGGGUCUCUGAGGUCUCUUUCUCUAGAUAUGAAGUGUGCAACUCUUAAAGCUUCCACAUUUUCUGCAUCUUCUAUCUGUAAUCUGGUUUUUCUGAAGCUGAGAAGUGUUACCAUGGAAGAUGAUGAGGGUUUUUGCAAAUGGAUCUGCUUCUGCUGCAGAAAUAUUAAGGAGUUGAGGCUCGAGUGUGUGAUAGGGUUACGAAAAAUCGACAUUGAGAGUUCGUCUUUGGAAUCAUUUGGUGUUGAGUGUCCCUCUUGUUAUGAUCUUUGCCAUGUUAAAAUCUCUGGUGAGAAAGUUGAAGAUGUGCAUAUAAAUUGGAAUUUUAAUGCUCCAUUGCCUCGGACGAAUUCGUUGGAGAUUUUCGCUCCAAAUCUUAAGCGUUUGAAUUGGGUUGGUUAUAUGAUGAAUCACCAGAAUCUGGGGGAGUUGAAUUGUUUGGAAGAAGUUCAGAUUUCUCUCAUGGCUGAUGGAGUAGAUGAUCCUGAAAGCAAAAUACAUGAGUUCCUCUCUAGCAUUCGCAGUGCUAAAACACUCCGUAUUGAUCAAGGGACUACAAAGAAUCUGUUCAAGGAUGGUUACACACCCCCAAUAUUACAUGAACUCUGUUACUUGAAUGUGACUAUUUGGAGCGGUAUCGAUGACAAGGUUGUCCCGGCGCUGGCCUCACUUUUUAAAGGACUCCCUAAUUUGACUACUUUGGAAUUGACGGUAUCUGAUCAGUUACCCUUCUUCUUUCGCACUGCAAAUGCGGCUACUUCAUCUGAAUUCGAUAGGCGAUAUUGGGAACGCCAGCACCUGGAGUUUGUUUCUCAGUUGAAGUAUGCAAUCAUAGAGCUUACUAACGGGUCUAAUGGAUUCGUGCUUGCAAAGUAUCUGCUUGAACGUGCUCAGAAUUUGGAGGAAAUGCUUGUGAUUUGCCUGCCCAAUCAAUGGAAUUUCGCAAGGAAGUUGAGGAGCAGCCGGAUUAUUUCUUCCAAUGCUGCAGUUGGCUAUCUGGAAAAAAGUGGGGGUCGUACAGGGUUCUAAUCACCCAACUCUACAUCCACAUUUUGGGGUUUCAAUGUUAAAUCUAGUAGGUUUUGUUUUCCAGCUAUGUGUUAUUAGAACGGAACUGGGCGGUUGAUCCUGUAUGCUUUGUUUAAGGAUAUGGAGGAUGGGAAGUUCGGAACUGGAUGAUCGAUCGUAUGUAUUUUGUUCAAGGAUAUGGAAGAUCCAUAUCUUUUUUAUUAGUAUUAAGUUCUUAUGCAACUUUUAUUUCAAAGUCUCCUUCGCUAUGAACUUCACAGUGUUUUGCCUCUAAAGGAAGCAGGUCUGUCAGGUUGAA